CGUUGGAGCUCAGUGAGCGAACAUGUCGGAGUCGGACGGAGCGCGUCCGCCGGCCGGCCGGCCGCCGCCGCUCAAGACACGCUCCCUAUCUCGCCAGUACUCGUCGGACCCCGUCUGGGUAGAGGAAAUGAAGCACGUGAUUGAUACCAAGCACUGUGGCCCGCUCACCAUCUACGUUCAGGGCGAUGUGUCACUCCAAGACAAGAAGGCCGUGUUCCUCACAGUUCACGACCUGGGAUGCAAUCACACAUCGUUCCACGACUUCGUGGAGCACCCGGUGAUGAAGGAGAUCAAGGAGCGCUCCAUCUUCAUCCACGUGGACGUGCCCGGCCAGGAGGAUGACGCCAUCACCCUGCCCGACGACUUCAAGUUCCCGACGAUGCAGCAGCUGGGCGAGGAUAUGCUGCAGGUGCUGGACACGCUGAAGGUCAACAUGGUGAUCGGCCUGGGCGAGGGCGCCGGUGCCAACAUCCUGGCCCGCUUCGGACUGGCCUACCCGGACCGCGUGCUGGGCCUGGUGCUGGUCCACUGCACGUCCACGCGGGCCGGCAUCAUGGAGUACUUCAGCGACAAGCUCAUGAACUGGAAGCUGAGUUCAAUCGGACACCACCCGAGCGCCGAGCAGUACCUCGUGUUCCAUCGGUUCGGCAACUCGCUGGAGGAGCAAUUGGACGGUGAUAUGGACGCCAGCACGCGGGAGAAACUCAUCAAGGACUUCCAGGACCGGCUCAAGAGCAAAAUCAACCCCCGCAACCUGCAGCGCUACGUGCAGUGUUUCCUCGACCGGACAGACAUCUCGAUGCAGGUGGCCGACCUGAAGAUGGAGACGCUGCUGGUCACGGGCGCCAAGGCCUCCCACAACCACACCGUGCACACGAUGCACUCGCACAUGAACAAGGCCAAGUCGUCGCUCAUCACACUGGAGGGCGUCGGCGACGUGCUUAUCGAGGCGCCGGAGAAGUUCUGCAGCUCGAUGCUGCUCUUCUGCAAGGGCCUGGGCAUGCUGACCUCUGUGAACGCCCGCGCGCGCACCCUCUCCAGCGGCAGCGGCAGCGGCGGCGGCGGCCGCAACCGUUCCAUGAGCAUGGAGGACUACGACAAGCCCAACGCGCGCCGCCUCUCGGUCACCAAGUCCUAAACACCUGCUGCAAUUCGUAUCGGAGACUUGGUAUCACCAGAAGAGCGAGAGAGGGACGGAGAGAGAGAGAGAGAGGAAGAGAGCAAGUUACGGGAGCGGCUGCGCCAUACCGAGCGACUGAGUGCGCGAGAGAGUGCGGGAGUGUCGGGGAGAGUGCAGAGUGUGUGAGUGCGGACGGGGGAGUGCCAGCCGGGACCGCAGAGACCCACACCGUAGCCUCAGACGACCACGGCCGGUCGUGCCCACUGUAGAUAUAAUUGAUCCGCCGCGGCGCCCGCCGUAGGCUCGGGCGCCGCGCGGGCGCUGCCCUAUUGCGAUCUUGCUAGGCUAAGGAGCGAGUGCGGCCGGGGCGGGCAGGGUCGGUCGGCGCGCGCCCGGCCAGGCCGCCGCAGCCUGCAGACAGCUCAAAGCGUACAAUCGGACGGCGGCCGGCCGGCGCGCCGCACAGCGACCGGCACCGGCCCGAAUACACGCAGUGGCCCCGGA